GAAAACCAGAAGUCACCCUCCACCCCCCAUCCUCCACCCAGUACAUACACAGACACAAACAACACAGUUGCACACAACAAGGUAGGACACCAGGUGCCCAGCCUUGAGAACUGGGGUGGUGGGUUAAAGAGUCUCUUACGGCAUGCCAACUCUCCCCACACUCCCAGUGUCAGAGGAGUUACGACAUGAUCACGUGACAAUCAAGUGCGGGCCUUGGACUGUAAUAAAAAAGCACCGAGUCGGCACGAGAUUGCGUCUACAUGUAUGUAGGGUAUGCGUGUAUAGUAUGUAUAUC